GGCUUGCAUUUAUUUUCGCCUACUCUUUCUCUUCUGUUUCAUAGCAACAGAAAAAAGAGGCCAAUUAUCUACGCUCUGCAGUCUGCAAGACCCUGUCAAUGGCAGGGAACAAGAUAUUCCAAUUCCUAUUUCUGUCAUGUCAUCCUGGCUGUCCAUUUUGGCCGUCCUUUGGGGCCGCAACUUCAGAGAGUAAUCCGGGUGAUAUAUACACUUCUCUCUUCCUCUCACGGCACCCCUUUGCUACAUUCUUAUCGAAAGGUGUAGGCAUAUACCGUGAGGGAACUAGUUUGGGCGUCUUGUUAUAUAUGAGUGCUUGAUCCUCCUGUCCUCUUGUGGUCUUAAUCGAGCUUAUCUUGCAAUAUGGCAACUGUGUGCGAAACUAUGUCUGGGCCUCUUGAACGACCAUCUAAAGAGGGUCCGGAGAAAUAUGACUUCGAAAACUCUGAGGAUGAGAAGAAGACAAGACUCGGAUCUCUCAAGAAGAAGGCAAUUAAUGCCUCGACCAAGUUUAGGCAUUCCUUGAAAAGGAGGGGCCGGAGAAACAGCAAGGUUAUGUCUGUUGCUAUCGAGGAUAACAUCGAUGCAGAGGAGCUACAGGCUGUGGAUGCAUUCCGCCAAGCACUUAUCUUGGAAGAACUACUACCCUCAAAACAUGAUGAUCAUCAUAUGAUGCUAAGAUUUUUAAGGGCUAGGAAGUUUGACAUUGAGAAAACAAAGCAAAUGUGGGCUGAUAUGCUCCACUGGAGGAAGGAGUUUGGAACAGACACAGUCAUGGAGGAAUUUGAUUUCAAGGAAGUCGAUGAAGUCUUAAAUUACUACCCACAAGGGAAUCAUGGAGUUGAUAAAGAAGGACGACCUGUUUACAUCGAAAGGCUUGGUCAAGUUGAUUCCACCAAGCUGUUGCAAGUCACAACAAUGGACCGCUAUCUGAAGUAUCAUGUAAGGGAGUUUGAGAGGACCUUUGCUGUAAAGAUGCCAGCCUGUUCCAUUGCUGCUAAGAAGCACAUUGACCAGAGCACAACUAUUUUGGAUGUGCAAGGAGUGGGGCUUAAACAAUUCAGCAAAUCUGCAAGGGAACUUAUUACAUGCCUUCAGAAGAUUGAUGGUGACAAUUAUCCUGAGAGCCUAAACCGCAUGUUCAUCAUCAAUGCUGGCUCUGGAUUUAGGCUCUUAUGGAAUACAGUUAAAACAUUCCUUGAUCCCAAGACCACUUCAAAAAUUCAUGUUCUUGGCAAUAAGUACCAGAGCAAGUUGCUUGAAGUUAUUGAUGCUAGUGAGCUUCCAGAGUUUUUCGGUGGUUCUUGUACCUGUGCAGACAAGGGUGGUUGCAUGCGUUCUGAUAAGGGGCCAUGGAAUGAUCCAGACAUAUUGAAGAUGGUUCAAAAUGGUGAGGCCAAAUGCCCGAGGACAAUACUCUCCGGGAUUGAGGAGAAGACAAUUUCUGAAGAUGAGAAUGCAUGCCCAAAGAGGUACGAUUCUUUCAACUCAGAAGCAGGCGACGUGCAAUGUCUCUCUCCAAUAUUUUCAAGGGAUUAUGCGGAGGAUCCAAGACUCUCUCCUGUUCCUGAAGAAGCUCCCAUCAUCAAAAGGAGGAAUAGUGCCUAUCACAGCUUCGUUCCAAUUGUAGACAAGGCUCUGGUUGCAGCUUGGCCAAACUCAGUUCAAGAUGAUAAAUUUUCAUUUUCUAAAGAAUGUUUCCCUGUGCAUAAUUCUUUCAAGGCUCCUGAAGGACUAAGCAAUCCCAUUAUUGGUGGGAUUAUGGCCAUUGUUAUGGGCAUCUUCACUGUAGUCCGCCUGGCAAGGAACAUGCCAAAGAAAGUUACUGAAGCGUCCCUCUAUGACAGCUCCUUUUACUAUGAUCCCACCAUGAUGAAAGGCCAUCAGUUGCCACCACCUGCUAUCACCAGCAGCGAUUACAUGUCGAUGAUGAAACGUAUGGCUGAAUUGGAGAAGAAGGUCGUUGCUUUGACCAACAAACCAGCCGUCAUGCCACCUGAGAAGGAGGAGUUACUGAACGCUGCACUGAGCCGUGUCGAUGCCCUCGAACAGCAGCUAUCCUCGACCAAGAAGGCGCUUGAGGAUUCUCUUGUUCAUCAGCAGGAGCUCGUAGCCUACAUUGAGAAGAAGAAGAAGAAGAACAAGCUGAACCCAUUCCGCUGGUGAGGUGCUUGGUUGCUGGUUUCUGUACAAUGCUCCAAAUAAUUACCUAAAGAUUAACUGUAAGUCGGCGGCUAUGUUGUUGGUUUUCAUCCCAUGAAGAUGCUGUUAAUGCAUUUAGUCCAUGUUUCAUGUUUGUUUUGUCAACUUAUAAAUUAAACUCAAAGCCUCUUGUAAAUUAAGAGUGUGUCGUUUAUUCUAAAUAGUGUGUGUAUUGAAUAAAUAUUCAUGGGGUUUUUGCAGUUUUUGACUUUUUUGAGUCACUGAAAAGCUUCAUUUCCUCUGACCAAAUGAAAGGGAAAAAAUCCACUGCAGAAGUUUGGCUGCCAAUGAAAAGGAUGGAGAAUUUUGUUUUGAUUAUUGGGCAUUUUGUCCAGUCUUUUCAUUGUCUCGGAUGGAUUGGAGGAUUAUACACUCAACAUUCAUUAACUCAAUGUCAUUCACUUUCACAAUCUUCUUUGUUCGUGUAA